AGGGUGCCGCCAUUGCCGCCCUGUUUGAGUCCUGUGUAGCUGCAGGGAGGCAGGUGCUGACUUGGCCUGGGUCGCUGUCCCUUCUGCUGGCUGUAGGCCCUUUAGAAGAACACUGCUCACGUGCGAAUCAAGAAAUGGAACCAGUGACCUUCGAGGAUGUGGCUGUGAACUUCACCUUAGGAGAGUGGGCUCUGCUGGAUUCUUAUCAAAAGGAGCUCUACAGAGAUGUGAUGAAGGAGACCUUUAGCAACCUGAUCUCCAUAGGGAAAACUGAGGAAGACAAUAUUGAAGAUUACCAAAAUAUUAGGAGAAAUCCGAGCACUCUCAUGGUUGAAGGAUUCUAUGAAUUUGAACGUGGUAUUCAGUAUAGAGAAACGCACCAACAGAUUCAAGAGCAUAUCGUUAAGCAUAAGUACAUACCUCCUGGAAUAGUAGUAUAUGAAAACAGUGCAAGUAAAAAUGAUGUCAUUGGUCUUUCACAAUCAGAUGUGCACCUCAGAGUACUAACUGUAGAGAAACCAUAUGAGUAUCAGAAAUGUAUGGAAAAGCCUAUUAAGCAUAAGAAAUAUUGGAAAGAUUUUGCAUAUUCUGAGUCUUUUCUUACCCAUGAGAAUCCUUCCAAAGAGAAACCAUAUGGAAAUAAACAGUCUAAUGACCCCUGCAGGAGUCUCACUUCUGAUCAAGAUUAUGAGACAACACAUACUGGUGGUAACCUCCAUGAAUACAAGCAACUUGAAACAGCUCUCAUGACAUGUAGUUAUGGUCAGUCAUAUGAAAAAAUACAAACUGGAGAAAAACCAUUUGUGUGUAAGCAGUGUGGAGAAGCCUUUGUUAAUUCCAGUCACCUUAUCAAACAUUAUAAAAUUCAUACCAGAGAGAAGACAUUUGCGUGUAAAUAUUGUGGGAAAGCUUUCAUUCAUCCAAGGGCCUGUUAUAACCAUGAACGAACUCAUACUGGAGACAGACCUUAUGUGUGUAAACAAUGUGGGAAAGCAUGCAUUCAUUCUUACCACCUUCUCCAACAUGAAAGAAGUCACACCCGAGAAAAACUUUAUGCAUGUAAGCAGUGUGGGAAAGUAUUUGGACGUUCUUCAUACCUUCGCAAACAUGAAAGAAUUCACACUGGAGAGAAACCUUAUUUAUGUAAGCACUGUGGAAAAGCCUUCAGUGAUCCCACAACCCGUAACAAUCAUGAAAGAACUCAUACUGGAGAGAAGCACUAUGUUUGUAAGCAGUGUGGGAAAGCAUUCAUUCGUUCCUCUCAGCUUCUGAUCCAUGAAAGAAUUCACACUGGAGAGAAACCUUACUCCUGCAAACAUUGUGGAAAAGCCUUCACCUAUUCCAGUGCCUGUUACAUUCAUGAGAGAAUUCACACUGGAGAAAAACCCUAUGUUUGUAAGCAGUGUGGAAAAGCAUUUACAUGUUCCACAUACCUUCACAAACAUGAAAGAAUUCACACUGGAGAGAAACCUUAUUCAUGUAAGCAAUGUGGGAAAGCCUUCAUCCAACAUAGGGCUUGUUACAAUCAUGAAAGAAUUCACACUGGAGAAAAACCCUAUGUGUGUGUACAAUGUGGGCAUGCAUUCACUUUUUCAAAAUCCCUUCAAAUACAUGAAAGAAACCACACUGGAGAGAAACCAUAUGUAUGUAAGCAAUGUGGGAAAGCCUUCACAUGUUCUACAUAUCUUCACCAACAUGAAAGAACUCACAGUGAAAAGAAAUCCAGUGGAUAGAACUUAAACCAAUGUAAAUCAUUUGAGAGUCUUUGUAUCCAGCUUGCUGUUAUCAUAAGAAAAGAAGGAAAUAUGGAGAGAAACCAAGAGAAUAUGAGCAAUUGUGUAAUUUUUAGUUACAUUGCAAGUAUACAUAGGAUAUAAAACCUGUUGUACCAGGCUUGUUGGUGCAUGCCUUUUAGUCUAACACUAGGGCAAUGGAAGUUUAGAGAAUUACAACAUUCAAUAAACCUUAGGCUACCUGAAGGGUUUGAGCAAUGCUUGAGAGAUUUAAGAAGUACAAUUUCUAACCAAGUGAAAUUGUCAUUGUACAAAAUAAAAGAAAAUUGUACAUUUUAAAUAAGAGUCAUUACAUUUUUUCAUGUAGUUCAAUAUUGUAUAAGCAAGAAAUGUGAAGAAACAGGCAAUUUUUUUGUACACUAUUAAUUAAAACCUGAAAUACACUAAAACUGUAAUAAAUGAUUUUAUUUUUGUUCUAUUCUUAAGCAUUUACUUAAAAAUAACUGAAAAACUUUUUAAGUAUGGUUUAGCAAAUAAAAUAAAUAUUUCACCUGACUGUUUCUUCAGUGGCAGGAAAACUGGGGCAGAACAGGAAAUUGAGCCCACAGAAAGCCCCCAAGACACACUGUAAGGAACAACAGUAGCAACUGUAUAAAGAAACCACUUGAAUUUUGGUGAUAAAAGUCUGUUUGGUAAAUUAAUUGAAUUUCAAUUUAAUGGCUGCUGUUUUUCAAAACAAGUAAUGCAAUUUCUUUUGUUAGAAGGCUGUGUGAGAUUUGUUGAAUUCAAAUGUAUUUGUAAUCAUCCAGUAUAUUUAAUCUUUAGGUAUAUUUUGAAUAAUCUUGUUUCCUGUAAAGUUAUGAAGGUAUACUUGCUGUUAGUAUUUUUCAGGCUGUUAUUUUAUGGCAUGUUCUUUUUUGAUAAUAUUAAUUAUUUUGCAGUUUCUUUACAUUUAGGUGCAUACUUGUGAGUAACAUUCUUACAUAGAUUUUAUAUUUUGUAGUUUUAAUGUAUAUUUUCUUCCAAUAAGUUUUUGGUAUUUUAUUAUUUAUUUUGUACAAGUAUGUUUGUGUGUGUCUGCCACAGCACAGGUAUGGAGAACAUUCAAGAGUUGCUUCCCUACCAGACUUCCUUAGCAAGCACCUUUACUCACUGAGCCUUGUCAUCAGCCCCAAAUGUGAUUUUUGUCCUGUUGUUUUCUUUUGGGUUUGUUGUUGUUGUUGUUGUUGUUGUUUGUUGGGUUUGU